GUGACUGACUGUAACCCCCAUUCCCUGCCCCCUGCACCACUGGGGUUAGGAGGCAGAGAAAUCGGGGGCAGAACUGAGCCCGGGAAGAAGGGAGGAGUGGGGGGAAGGUGCUUCUAAGAUGUAAUUGUAUUUCUCAGUGUCCUACUCUGUUUGUUAAGUCUUAGUGGUGGGGGUGUUUGAAUUAAUUUGAUGUUCUUUUUUCUUCCUCUAAGGAGUCUGUCUUUUGCCCCUCCUCUUCAUGGUUGAGCCACCCCUCCCUGUCCUUAUCUCAAUUCAUGAGCCUUUUCUUGUAUUUUCUCCUCCCCAUUCUUGAGGGGGAGGGGGUGAGUGAUGGGCUGUGUGGUGCUCAGUUGCCCUCUGGGCUCAAACUGUGACAAAGGUGCAGGACACAGGUGAAAGGAGCCGUGGGACCAGGACAUGGGGGCUGUGGGGCUGGGGUGUAAGGUACUAGGGAGAUAAAAUGAUGGGGACAGAGCAUCCAGUGGAGAGGUAAUAGAAGGAUCAAGGGCUACCUGUGCGGGCUUGAGGGGCUACCUAGGGGGACUGUUUAAUGGGGGUUGGGUGGUUUUCUAACAGUGGGUACCAGCUUAUUAUCAUAAAUUAUAAUAUUUGUGUCAUAGAGGAGCUGUCCGAGAGAGGGGGUUGGGACAGCACCUUUUGGGAUGAAGGCAUCCUGACUGGAAAUGAUCUCAUCAUGCUUUCCCAAACUCCCCUGACAUCAUCCUCAGGUUCCUCUGACAUCACCAUCCUCUUUGGACACAGCACAGGUUGGGAGGUGACUUACAGGCACAGCCCCACUCCCCACGGGGGCUGCUCCCAUCCCAUGCCCCCAUAAUGGAGCAGCCAUGCUUGGUGGUCCAGUCCAACGCCCCAGCAGCCCCUUGGAAGAGCGCAGCCCCCCUCCAGGCAUGGAUGGGGGUCCCCUCCCCAGUGCAAACCUCCCAGGGCACAGAGGCCCCUGGCACGGGAAUGUACAAGGCCCAUGGACCCUCCAUGAGAAACCUGGUCCCACGCUCCUUGAGAAUUGGAUGGGGGAGCCUCUGUGUGUGUGAGUGAGUGUCCUGAUACUCUCCAAAGGCUCGAGGGUCCCACCAGAGCUACAUGUGAUGGACCCACCCCCUGUCAGUGACACCAGUGGGUGUGGGUGCCCAUAGGGGUGUUGGGCCAGGAGGGACCACCACAGGGAGACUGCAGCUGCCCCAGAGGGAGGGAAGAUUGGUGUGGGUGAGGGGUCCCUGAGGCCAGGACUGUGAGGGGUCAAGGGGGACAGGGAGGGUGGGCUGGGUGUGAAGGAACACCUCUAAACAUGCCAGCAGCUGCCCUAUAGGCCCACAUCCCCCAGGUCUUUGGGACUGCCUCUUGGCCCCACAACUCACAGAAGCAUGGGGUGCCCCACCACCAUGCAGCACUGGGGCCAGGAGGAUGCCAUCAUCAACAAAUUUGAUGUCUACAAGGUGAGGGGGGGAGUAAGUGCAGCCCCCCCAAAGCGAGGCGGGCAGCGGGGAGCCCAGGGUGUACCCACUCCCCUGACCCCACAGGUGGAGACCAUCGGGGACGCCUACAUGGUGGUGUCGGGGCUGCCGGUGCGCAACGGCAAGCUGCACGCCCGCGAGAUCGUCCGCAUGGCCCUGGCCCUGCUCGAGGCCGUCAAAACCUUCAAGAUCCGGCACCGGCCCAACGACCAGCUCCGCCUGCGCAUCGGCGUGCACACCGGUCCUGUGUGCGCCGGAGUCGUGGGUCUGAAGAUGCCGCGGUACUGCCUGUUCGGGGACACGGUGAACACCGCGUCGCGCAUGGAGUCCAACGGCCAGGCCCUGAAGAUCCACAUCUCGUCCACCACCAAGGAAGUCCUGGAUGAGUUUGGCUGCUUCGAGCUGGAGCUGCGCGGGGACGUGGAGAUGAAGGGCAAGGGGAAGAUGCGGACGUACUGGCUGCUGGGUGAGAGGAAAGACCCCAAAGCCAUCUGAGCCCGGCGGCAGUGGCGGAGCCCCCAGCCCCAGUGGCGCCACCGUGCUUCCCAGCGCUCGGCCCCCGGGAGGAACCGGCACAGCCCCGUCACCGCAGCCCCCGGCCACCACCGCAGCCCCCCUGCUUUAGCAGGGCUGGGGCACGGGGGGCCGGCGCCCACAGCACCGCCUGCCCCCUCCACUGGCACCAGCAAAGCCCAGCUCCCCCCGCAGCCCCUGCUGGAGGGGGGAAAAGCAGGCCCCAAUCCGCCCCGGGGGGGAACCCCGUGUCCCCCCACCACCUGGGGUCCUGCCGCCCCUGCCCUCUUCCCCGCGGCUCAGCUGGCUCUGAGCCGCUCCCGGGGCCUGGCUGCCCCACCGGGCACUUGGCCGUCUCUUUUCAGUGCCCGGCCCCCGGCAGAAGUUGUGCCCGUGUCACCCCCUCCCCGGGGCGGGGGGAAAGGGGGGGCUCCUGCCGGGACGACCCCUUGGCCAGGGCAGGCUUCCGUGCCGCGGCUCCCCCCCUCCCCAGCGCCCCCCUUCCCUGUAUAUAGCUCCACCGGGUCAUGUAAAUACCCCCCCUCCCCCAGGUGUAAAUAUAGGAGUCGCUGCAAACUAUUUUGUGGAAAUACAAACUUCCCCAAA